UUCAAUUGGACGACAACACUCAAGUGAGCCAGGAGACAGAAAAAUAGGAAGAGAGUUUAUUUCCCUCUAACCCGUGACCAUACCGUCACUCUAUCAUCCCUCCAAAGUCACUGUACCGAGGAAAAGGAAAAGCAAACUUGUCCAGGUUUAUCUCUAAGUGUCAUUAUGCCCGACGGAUUAAUAACCAGCAGACCUCUGCAAAAUGAGAGCACAGGUAUUGACCUCCAGGUCCCUCUUUACCAAGAGGUCCGUGGGUCCAUGAUGACUGGUCAUGUUGAAUACCAGAUCAUUGUCGUCACAAGGCUGUCUGCCUUCAAAUCCUCAAGGCAUAAGCCUGGAGACACUGUGCAGCUGGUGGUUUCCAAGAAGUACAGCGACAUUGAUGAGUUCUACAACAGACUAGUUUCCCAGUACCCCAAAAUCGCCUUGCCAGCCAUGCCACGCAAAGUCUUGUUUGUAGGAGAGGAUGACAUUAAAGAGCGUCGGGCAGCCUUUGAUGAACUUGUCAAGUUUAUUGCGAAGAAUCCCACGCUUGCCACCUGUUCAGAGUUGCUGGAGUUCUUGGGUGCUAGGUCUGUUGAAGCAGACAUCAAAACCAGGAAUAUUUUACUUGGAGAGGAACCAGAUGAGGACAUGGUCAACUUCUUCCAGGAUGAUGGAGCAUCAGGUUCCAGCAAAGGACCAGUCUUUCAUCCAGUGAAGGCCAAGAAAGAGAAGAAGAUAGAAGAUGAAGAGGAAGAGCCAUACCUUGGACCUCUGGGAAAUGCAAAGGAGAAGAAGAAGGCCGAGCAGCCUAGAUAUGUGAAGAAGCCUGAAGACAGCGAACCUGCAGCCACAGACUUGUUUAAUUUUCCAACAAAGGAAGGGAAUCUGAGGUUGUUUGAGGGCCAGGACCUUGGUGGGACAGUGGUGCUAGGAGAUUCUUUGCUCCUUCCAACAGCAUACAACCAGGCAAAGUCUGCUGGUAUACAACUGGACGAAGACAUAGAUGAGCUCUACAGGGUAGAGGACGACUUUGACAAGCUUUUCAAGACGACAAAACAAAUCAAGGACAAGCCACCUCUGAAGCCAAAGCCGAAGCCAAAGCCAGCUGAAAAACCAGCCUUAACUCCAAAGGUUGGGGCAUCUCUUGAGAGUCCACCAGUAGCUGUAGACCAGCUUAAGGAUCAAAUGGACAUCCUUAGUUACAUUCAGCAAAAUGAGUUGGAUGCCGACAAUGAGGAUCUUUUCUAGUUUUCUGUCAAAUAAGCAGGUAGGUUAUGAAUAAGGCUGGACGAUAUAUAUCAGUAUUACCAAUUAUAGUAUUGGGUAUGAUUACAGCAAAGGGAUGCCAUUUUCUGAACUUAUUUGACCAUUUUAGCUGUUCUGGUUUUUGCCUCUAUCUGCUUGGUCAUCAUAUCCACAUUACUGAUAGUUCAUCCAAAUUGUGAAAGCAUCAAUAAUUAUUCCAACAGUAUCAUCACAGUAUUGAUGAGUGAUUCAGUCAAAACUAUUUUAAGCGAUACUUAAUUUUGUCCAUACUGCCCAGUCUUAGCUGUAAAUAAUGACAACUUGAUUAACUCCCAAGACUUGAGUACGGAUCAGCAAUGAAGGACAAAUGAAAUGAGCACUUUAUUCAACAAACUUUUUUUACCAGAGGCAUUUGUAACAAAAAUAUGAUCUGUAAAAUCUUUGUAAAUAAAAUGAGGGUGAACUUAUUAUUGACCCUAAGUCCUUUUUAGUUACGACCAGCAGCUUUAUAGCUGCUGUUGGUCUGUUGGUCAGAUAGUCAGUUGGUCCACAAAAAUUUGUAACUAAUGACCAGUUUGUCGUAAUGUGGGAGGCAUCAUUGGACUCAGCAGAGGUUCCUUUGUCAGUGGUGUCAAUUAGCAGCUGCCAUCUCGUUCUGUUCAUUGAUCCACAAAGCUGUGCCCUCCCUAUAGCAGCCACAACUUUCUACCUAUGAGGCAUUUGUCAACUGCUAACUAGAUAGCCAGGAGUCAUUCGGCCAAUCAACGUGCUAAUGUUGUUAGCUAUAUGCAACACAUGGAUGCAUAAAUGAUUUCUUCUCAAGCUGUCCUUAUGUAAAAAGUUAGGCUGUUGCAGGCAGCUGGCAUGGCAUGUGAGCUCCUGACUAGGGAUGCUAACCGGUGGCCGUUUGACCGGUUGUUGACCGUUUGAACUUUAACCGAAUAAUCUUGUCGGUUAAAAACCCUUUAAGCCCGAACUAGAGUGCCUGUAGA